AUGGGUAUUUCUGAAUCAAAAUCACUGCUUAGAGCCCAUCCAAUAUUGCAACGUCUUGGUACUGGAAAUUAUGAAGUUGGCUGCGCUGAAAUUAUGGUUAACGCUGGUGAGCACGAUGAUAUUGGCACUCUAGCAACAAUUUUCUACCCAACGGAAGAUGAUAUUACAUCAGAUGAUAUAUCACAACACCCGUUAUGGAUACCAAGACAAGACUAUAUUGAUGGUUUAGCGGACUAUCGGAACACUUCACCCCGAUGGAUGAAUUUCAUAUACAAAUGGUUUAUUGGUGAAAAAAGAAUCUCCGCACGUUGGCAUUCUAGAGUAAAUGAAAGCAUACAAAACUUUCCAGUUUUCAUAUUUUCUCAUGGUCUUUCGGCAUGUCGCCACUUCUAUUCAAUUUAUUGCUCAUCUCUUGCUAGCCAUGGAUAUGUUGUAGCAGCUAUUGAACAUCGAGACUGUUCUGCUUGCUGGACUUAUACAUUAAAAAUUGAUGAAAAGACAGGGGAGAAAAUAGAAAUUCCGGUAAAAGUGCGAAAACUGAAAGCAGUUGAUGACGAAUUUCAGCUAAGAAAUGGACAGCUUCACAAACGAGUGGCAGAAUGUAUCAAAACAUUACACGUACUUGAAGAGUUAAAUCUUGGGCAGUGUACUUCAGAUCAAGAAAAUGAUAAAAAGCUGUUGCUGGGAAAUGAUUUCGAGUGGUCACAGUUCAAGGGUCGUUUGAAUAUGAACAAGAUAUAUAUUGGUGGACAUUCAUUUGGAGGUGCAACUGCACUUGCAACUGCCGCCUUCUCCACUGAUUUCUGUGGUGUAGUAGUACUUGAUGGGUGGAUGUUUCCAAUUGAAAAAGAAUUGCUUACAAGUGUUCGACAACCUGUGCUCUUUAUGAACGCAGAAUACUUUCAGUGGGAUGAAAACGUGAAAGACAUGUUGCGUGUAAUUGAGAGUUCGAAACACAGCAUUCUAUUUACAUUCAAUGAAGCUUCACACCACUCCUUCACAGAUUUUCCUCUUUUGAUUCCGGUAACUAUCGGUCGCUGGUUGGGUAUUCAAAAUUUGCGCGAUCCAAUUUACUAUGCCGAAGCGAUAAUUGAGUCAACCGUAUUCUUCUUGAAUUAUUGCAACGAUCCUAACGAAACUGCUUUCGAUGUACAACAAUAUAAAGAUAUUAUCACGAUGGGAGCAAAAUUUACGAGAAAAUUACCGCAAAAAUCUGCCUAA